AUGGCCUUGAGAACAGUGACAAGGAAGUUAGGGAGUAAACUAUUACCCAGGUUUUCUCCUGCGUCUCUAUUGCAUUCACAUGCCACAAGUUUCGGAUUUAAAGAAGUAAGGGAAGACGAAAAAAGUCGAAUGGUUGGUGAUGUCUUCAGCAAUGUUGCUUCAAACUAUGAUCUAAUGAAUGAUGUAAUGAGUGCAGGAUUACACAGAUUAUGGAAGGACAGGUUAGUUUCCAAACUAAAUCCUUUUCCUGGAAUGAAGCAUCUUGAUGUGGCUGGUGGGACAGGCGAUGUUGCUUUCAGGAUACUAGACUCUAUAAACAGCAUCAGACGGAGAGCUAUGCAAGAUGUUCUUGAAGAUGAUUUACAAGAAGAGACUAAGGUUUAUGUAUCUGACAUAAACCCUAACAUGUUGAAUGUUGGUAAAAAGCGGGCCUUGGAGAGAGGUCUUGGAGAAGACAAAUCCCUGCAAUGGGUGGAGGGAGAUGCAGAAGCCUUGAGCUUUGGAGAUAAUACAAUGGAUGGUUACACAAUUGCAUUUGGGAUUAGGAAUGUUACACACAUAGAGAAAGUGCUUUCUGAAGCUUAUAGGGUGCUAAAACAUGGAGGAAGGUUCUUGUGUCUUGAACUGAGCCAUGUAGAAGUUCCUGUCUUUAAGCAAUUCUAUGAUUAUUACUCAUUCUCAAUCAUUCCUGCACUGGGAGAGCUCGUUGCAGGAGAUAGAGAAUCUUAUCAGUACUUGGUAGAGAGUAUCCGCCGUUUCCCCCCACAGGAGACAUUUGCUUCAAUGAUUGCAGAUGCAGGUUUCCAGAAGGUGGAAUAUGAAAAUCUUGUUGGAGGAGUGGUUGCGAUUCAUUCAGGAUUAAAAAUAUAG